ACAUGUUAGGCACUACAGCUCUUCGUCCGAUAUGAGAUCUUUGUAUUUGAUAUACAAAAAUUACUUGGAUCUAAUUGGAUCGUCUGGACCUGGAUCAUUUUACAGGCGCCCUAUUUCUGGACCUACCCCCAGAUUUUCGAGCCAAGUUGUCGGCGUUAACAAAUUAUCUACUAUUGUAAAAAAUAUGUGCUCGGAGGCAGGUUUGUCCGGAAAUUUUUCGAAUCAUUCAGGAAAGAGAACUUGUGCUACGUCCCUGUACAAUAAUGGGAUAGAUGAGCAGUUAAUUAUGGAAAGAACGGGACACAGAAGUGAUGCUGUCAGAAAGUAUAAACGGACUUCUACAACUCAACAGAGCAAAGUCAGUAAAUUAUUGGAUCCGCCACCCAAAAAGAUAUGUUCUUCAGGGACCGAAAACACGGAUCCUGAUGAGACGCCUAAUACCCAUCUGGAUGUAAAGUCUUCGUGUGAUCGUUAUUUUGGGGAAAAUAUUUCUAACAUGCCUAAUACCCAUCUGGAUGUAAAGUCUUCGUGUGAGCGUUAUUUUGGGGAAAACAUUUCUAACAUUUCGCCAUUUUCCCGGACCGACGGUGGUUUUGUCCUUUCUAACUGCAGUGUUAUCUUUAAUAUGCAUUGAACUGCAUGUUAUCCGCUUUUAUCACGUUUGUUUUUAAUUGUAUUGGUAAUACAUUGAAUAAAAUUUAUU